AUGCUUUCCUCAUCCAUCCUCACUGGCCUAGUGCUAGGCAUGGCAUCCAUCAUGCCAGCCAUUGCGCAGUCUGCCUGCAACGGCCAGUCUGCCUACUGCGACCGCAAGUACUCCAACGUCACCCAAGUUGGCGCCCACGACAGUCCUUUCGUCGGCCUGCUCCUUUCCGAUAACCAGAAUCUCAAUGUCACCGGGCAGCUGGACCUUGGAGUCCGGUUCCUACAGGGCCAAACCCACAAGUCCUUGGUGGAUGACACCAUUCUUCUCUGUCAUACAUCGUGCUUGCUUGAGGAUGCGGGCACCCUGGAAUCCUACUUGGCCACAGUCAAGACCUGGCUGGACAGUAACCCAGACGAGGUGGUGACCCUCCUCCUCACAAAUGAUGACAGUCUUCCGGUGGCACAGUUCGGCGAUGUUUUCACCAGCGCCGGACUCAAAGAUUAUGCCUUUGUCCCAAGUUCGUCUCCGAGCACCCUGGCCAUAGAUGCGUGGCCAACCCUACGGGAGUUGAUCGGGAAUGGCACGCGGUUGGUGGCUUUCCUAGACUAUGGCGCCGAUGCGUCGACCGUCCCGUACAUCCUCGAUGAGUUUGCAUAUUUCUUCGAGACGCCCUAUGAUGUGACGGAUGCGACCUUCUCCAACUGCAGCAUCGAUCGGCCCGCCGGGGCGUCAGCCACCGGGCGCAUGUACAUUGUCAACCACUUCUUGGAUGUCGACAUCUUGGGCAUUCUGAUCCCUGAUCGGGAGCGUGCGCCCGAGACCAACGCCGUGUCAGGAUCUGGCAGCAUUGGAGCCCAGUCCGACCUGUGCGAGUCCAUGUAUGGCCGGUUGCCAAACUUCCUUCUCCUGGAUUUUGUCGACCAGGGUGAGCCAAUCGCGGCACAGAGUGCACUGAAUGGCGUAUAG